AUGGCUUUGAAGUUAAGACCCCUUUCUUUGAAAAUUGCUUUGUCUCUUUUCUUUUUCAUUGUUACUUCUGGAAGGAUUUUCAUGGGAAAGGCACAAAACAAGACAUUCAUCCCAGUUAAGGUGGGUGUCAUUCUUGACUUGGAUACAUGGAAGGGGAGGAUGGGACAGAGUUGCAUCAAAAUGGCUCUUUCGGAUUUCUAUGCCUCCAACAGUCACUACAAAACCAGGCUGGUUCUUGACACCAGGGACUCCAAAAAUGAUGUUGUUGAAGCAGCUGUUGCAGCUCUAUACUUGAUAAAAAAUACAGAGGUGCAAGCCAUCAUAGGGCCACAAAACUCAAUGCAGGCAAACUUUGUCAUUGAUCUCGGGGAGAAAGCUCAGGUGCCACUUAUCUCAUUUUCAGCAACAAGCCCUUCACUUAGGAGUGAAUACUUUUUUCGAGUUGCUCAAAAUGACUCAGCUCAAGUGAAAGCAAUAAGUGCAGUUGUUAAAGCCUUUGGAUGGAAACAAGUUGUGCCCAUCUACAUAGACAAUGAGUAUGGGGAAGGUAUCAUACCCUUCUUGAUUGAUGCCUUGCAAGAUGUUGAUGCUCAUGUGCCCUAUCGAAGUGUCAUUGCUCCAUUGGCCACAGAUGACAAAAUUAGUGAGGAACUUUACAAGUUAAUGACAAUGCAAAUUAGAGUCUUCAUUGUGCAUAUGUCACAGAUCAAUCUUAGUUCUUGGCUUUUCACCAAAGCGAAAGAGAUUGGAAUGAUAAGUGAAGGUUAUGUUUGGAUCGUUACCAGUGAGAUAGCCAAUUACUUAAGCUCAAUAGAACCUUCAGUAUUUGACUCAAUGCAAGGAGUAUUGGGUGUAAAGACUUACUUCCCCAAGACAAAAGAGCUUGAAAAUUUUGCAGUUCGAUGGAAAAGGACAUUCCAAAAAGAAAAUCCCAAUAUUACCAAUGUUGACUUGAAUGUCUUUGGCCUAUGGGCUUAUGAUGCUGCUUCAGCACUAGCCACAGCAGUUGAGAAGGUUGGGGGUGAAAAUCUUGGUUCUAAGCAGAUGAAUGCUUCAAGCAACUUAAUUGAUCUUGAAACUAUUGGGGUCUCCGAAAAUGGCCCAGAACUUUGUAAGGCAUUAUUGGGUGUUAGGUUUAGAGGCCUUUCUGGUGAAUUCAGUCUUCUUAAUGGAAAAAUAAAAUCAUCAACUUUUCAAAUAAUUAAUGUGAAUGAUGAUAUUGAAAGAGUGGUUGCAUUUUGGACUCCAGAAAAUGGACUAAGAAGGAAACUCAUGAAUUCAGCAAACACAAACUCAUAUUCUACUUCCAAGAACGACCUAAGACAUAUUACAUGGCCGGGUGAUAUAGAUCUUGUACCCAAAGGUUGGGAGAUUCCAACAAGUGGGAAGAAGCUUCAAAUAGGAGUUCCACUGACGGAUGGUUCUAGUAAAUUUGUUCAAGUCACACAUGAUCAUAGCACUAACACAAAACAGGUCAGUGGAUAUUCUAUAGCUGUCUUCGAUGCUGUGAUGGAAUCAUUACCAUAUGCUAUUAGAUAUGAGUUCUUUCCCUUCGAAAAGCCUGAUGGUGAAAGUGCCGGUACUCUCAAUGAUUUGGUCUAUCAAGUAUAUCAAGGGAGGUUCGAUGCCGUGGUAGGAGAUACAACAAUCAUAGAAAACAGGUCUAGAUAUGUAGACUUUACAUUACCAUACACGGAAUCUGGAGUGUCAAUGGUCGUGCCACUCCAAGAUAGGAGGAAAAACGCAUGGGUGUUCUUGAAGCCUUUAAGUUUGGACCUUUGGAUCACAAGUGUCUGUUUCUUUGUGUUAAUCGGGUUUGUGGUAUGGCUUCUUGAACACCGAGUAAAUGAGGAUUUUCGUGGGCUUCCUUCACAUCAGAUUGCGACAAGCAUAUGGUAUGCCUUCUCCACCAUGGUUUUCGCACAACGGGAGAUAGUGAUAAGCAAUUGUGCUAGGUUUGUUGUGAUCAUAUGGGUUUUUGUGGUGCUCAUACUUACUCAAAGCUACACUGCAAGUUUGGCAUCCUUCUUAACAGUUCAACAGCUGCAACCAACAGUUAGUGAUGUCAACCAACUUAUUAAGAAUGGGGAGAAGGUUGGCUACCAAAAAGAUUCUUUUGUUCUGGAUAUCUUAAAACAAAUGAAAUUUAAGGAUUUUCAACUAAAGCAAUAUAAUUCUAUGGAUGAAUGUGAUCAACUUUUGUCUAAAGGAAGCGCAAAUGGUGGUAUAGCUGCUGCUUUUGAUGAAAGCCCCUAUAUCAAGUUAUUUCUAGGAAAAUAUUGCUCAAAGUACAUCAUGGUUUCAUCAGUAUUCAAAACUAAUGGGUUUGGCUUUGUAUUCCCAAUAGGUUCCCCCCUUGUUGCAGAUAUUUCAAGGCAAAUCUUAAAUGUGACUGAAGGGGAGAAAAUGAAAGAGAUUGAAAGUGCAUGGUUACAGGAAAACACCAACUGUCCAGACCCUAACACCCCAGAUUUUCCCCCUAGUCUCAGCGUUGCUAGCUUUUGGGGCCUAUUCCUCAUUGCUGGGGUUGCUUCCUUGUUAGCUCUCAUUUUCUCCGUAGCUAUCUUCCUUUAUAAGGAAAGGCAGCACAUUUUCAUACCCUCUAAUCCAGAAGAUGACUCGAUCUGGAGAAGAAUUCUUCAGAUGUUUAGAAUAUUUGACAAAAAGGACCUUAGCUCGCAUAUGUUUAGAAAGAAAACAAUGUCUUUCAGAGACAUGGAAAGUAGUACUCAUGGUAUACAUGCAAAUGAUGUCUCAACAAGGAUGACAUGUUCGCCAAGGCCAUCAAAGAGUACAACACUGACAGAAAUCCAUUCUGGAUCCUUGGAAUUUCAUGAUUCAGGUUCUGACACCAUCUCAGCUGCUAGUCAUCCCCUAUCUCCUGCUAAUUUUCUUCCUUACUUGCUCGCUGGACUAAGCCCCAAUUAUGAUGCACUGGUCUCUUCUGUCACUACCUGGCUGGAACCUAGUUCACUUAAGGAAUUGCUUGGACAUCUACUAGCACAUGAAGCAAGGUUGAAUCAUCACUCUAACAUGAGUACCUUUUCUAUGGAUGCUUCUGCAAAUUUCACUGCAAACUACCCCUCUGAUUCACGUGGUAGGGGGUCUCAUUGUGGCCGUAAUCGCAGUUGUAAUGGUGGCCGCUAUAAUUCCAACAGGGGUCAUGGCAAUUAUGCAUGUCAUCAAUCCUUGAUGAAGGAAGCCAUCUUAAUUUCUAAUGAGUUUAGAGAGACCUAUGUUGGCAGAUUAAUUGAUCCAAUUACUAGAGGUUGGAACUUAGAUCAGCUUCAAGCUCUCUUCAAUCCAAGCUUGAUUGCUGAUGUUUUAAAAAUAAUGAUCUAUCCAAAUGAGCAGCCACCAGACAAGAUAAUUUGGUCCUUGGAAAGGAGUGGAAAAUUUAGUCUUGGAGACAACUCAUCACUAAUGCAAGUAGCAUUGACAGUGUUAGAGAAGGGACAGGAGGAUGUUCUUGCCAUUUUGUUUGCUAUUGCUUGGGGAUUUUGGUGGAGAAGAAACCAAAUGGUAUAUGAGCUGAGAAAUAUUGCAGUUCAGCAGUUAAAUGUAGAUGGAGCUAUUUUUGGUGAGAUUCAUAAGGCAAGUGUGGGUUUGGUGCUCAGGGAUGGGACUGGGAAGGUGAUUUUGGCUGCUAGUAAAGUAGAGCUUGAAGUAAACACUCACUUGACUGCUAAAGCCAUUGAGUUGCUAGCUAUUUUCUGGACAUUACAGUUGUGUGCUAGUAUGGGUAUCCAAAACUUGAUUGUGGAAUUGAAUUGCUUGAUGGCUAUACAAGUGCUCAACAAAGAGCUUGACUCUGCUGCAAUGUUAGAUCCUUUAUUGAGUGAAGUUAGAAAGUUGCAAAGUUUGUUUGUAGAGUGCAAGUUUCAACAUGUUUAUAGAGAAGGCAAUCGGGUUACUCAUAUUCUUGCCCGAUUUGCUUGGAACGUUGAGAGUAUCUCAAUGUGGUAUGAUUGUUGUCCAGACUUUAUUUCUUAA